AUUUUCUGCCUUAAGACACAAGAAAAGAAAAAAAAUGUCAUGUUCUGUUCUCUUACACAACAAUUUAAAACAGAGACAUAAAUUUCUUGCAUUCGUUCGUAUAAUUUUCUGGGGUUAGUUGUUUCUGAAGAUUUUUGUGCCAAAAAGUUUUGACUUUUAUGGUUGUUUGCAUUGACAAAAACCAGAGAUAUAUAUAUAUAGAUAUAUAGAUAUAGUGUAUUGGUGUAUAUCUCAUUCCCCUUAAAAGGGGUCUUGAAAGAGUUGAUAACAGGAAUGGGAGACAUCUCGCCGGAGAGGAAAAUUGGGUGUGGCCUCAUAAAUGCAGUUUUCGGAAGAAAAAGUUUCUGGGCCAAGAAAACGACAACACCCAGUUCUAUUCCUUCAUCAAACGACAACAACAAUGAAUUUGCCAAAACGACAGCCACCCCGGACUCUAAACGACGCCGUGGUACCUCCGACGAGAUUUCGUUCCUACCUUCCACCGCUCAACAACCCCAUCACCCCAAACCCGCCGCCAUUGUAAACAGCAGACAUUCGACGACGAACAACCAGAGACCGCAACAGAUUGUUGCAGCUCAAAACGACAAUAGAAAGCAGGAGACUUCUUGUCAAACGCAGAACAAAACGUCGUCGUAUCCGUACGUUAACCAAGGUAGAAAGGUCCCUAAAGAAGCCAUUGGUAUAUCUGGGGAGCUUGAGAGUAUGAUCAUUGAUUAUCAGAAGAACAAAGGUAGCAGUACCCUCGUUCGAGCUUCGUCUAGCAAUGUCAUGCUUUUUGGGAAUUUGGGUAAUCUCAGGCAGCAGCCUGGGAAUGGAGCUGCUCUCGAUCACCAUAAUCAUAAUCAUAAUCAUGUUUCGAAGCAGAAGUCGAGAGAGGAGAAUCCAGUAAUGGCGAAUGGGAAGAAAUACACGAAUGUUAGUACUACUACCAUUACUACUGCUGCGCCAUCUGAACCAGCGGCUACUGGGUCUUUGUGCCGAGCUAUAUCGACUAGAAUGGACCCUGAAACGUUGAAGAUAAUGGGGAAUGAAGAUUACAAGGUUGGGAGAUUUGCUGAGGCUUUGGCUCUGUAUGAUGCUGCUAUUUCGAUUGACCCCAAUAAGGCUUCGUAUAGGAGUAAUAAAAGUGCUGCCUUGACUGCUCUUGGUAGGCUUCUAGAGGCAGUUUUGGAGUGUAGAGAGGCUAUAAGGAUUGAACCCCAUUAUCAUAGAGCUCAUCAUCGUUUGGCCACCUUAUAUCUUAGAUUAGGGGAACCAGAAAAAGCUACGUAUCAUUACAAACACGCAGGGCAAGAGGCUGAUAGAGAUGACCUUGCUAAGGUGAAAUCAAUUCAGAUACAUCUGAACAAGUGCACUGAGGCUCGUAGAUCAAGAGACUGGAACACAUUGAUUAAGGAAACAGAUUUGGCCAUAUCAGCUGGUGCAGAUUCAGCCCCACAGAUUUAUGCCCUACAAGCAGAGGCUUUGUUGAAACUCCACAGACACCAAGAGGCAGACACAGCACUGUUGAGAGGUCCAAAGUUUGAUGUCGACGAAUGUACUAAAGUUCUUGGCCCUAUUGGCAGUGCUAGCUUGUUAGUGAUACGAGCUCUGGUUGAUUUGGCUUCAGGCAGAUUUGAUGAUGCUGUGGAAGCAGCUCAAAGGGCUGCUAGGCUGGAUUUGAACAACAGAGAAGCAAAUGGGGUGGUUAGAAAGGCCAAAGCCAUUGCCACAGCUCGGUCCAAAGGUAAUGAGCUGUUCAAGGCAUCAAGAUUUUCAGAGGCGUGCGUGGCUUAUGGGGAGGGACUAGAGCACGAUCCUUACAGCUCAGUGUUGCUGUGCAACCGUGCGGCUUGUCGCUCCAAGCUCGGCCAUUUCGACAAGGCAAUCAAUGACUGCACGGUUGCUCUCAACGUUCGACCCUCCUAUGCCAAGGCUAGGCUAAGAAGAGCUGAUUGCAAUGCCAAGUUGGGAAAAUGGGAAGCUUCAAUACAAGAUUAUGAGUCUUUGCUAGAAGAGACACCAGAGGAUGAGGAGGUUAAGGCAGCCUUAUCUGAGGCUCAAGCACAACUUAGGAGAAGAAUAGCUAAGAAGAUGGAGAAUGGUGGAGGAGCCCUUUGAAUCCAUUGAAACUACUUAUUUAGUUCUUAUACAAAACACAAUUAAUGCCAAUUUGGAUUGAUAUUAGUUUGGAAAUAUUGUUAAUCACAUUCUUUUUCUUAUACAAUACCAAUUUGAUAACAUUAAUUCAUUUUUAUUCUAAGUUAUUAUCAUAGUUUACACUUGUGAGAUGAGGUUAUGAAAUGAAUGAAAAUGUAAAAAGAAAAGUGUGCAUUUAGCAUAGGAGGGAGUGAAUUUAAUUUAAUUCUUUGGAGGAAGAAAUUGAAGGUUUUUUAUUUUUUUAUUGUGUUAGAGUAUAGUUACAUUUUGUAGUGGUUUUAUACCUAAUAUACUAUGUAUUAUCCUUUCAAUAAAUCAUUAAUUAAUUUUCUUUGAAUUGUGUGCCA